CGGGCUAGAGCGCGACAAUAGGAGCGAGCUGCGAGAGCGAGAGAACGACGGAGUUACCGAUUGCGCACGAAGAGCUGCACAUACACACGCGCAAGGCCACGUCGCAACUCGCAUCGGACAGUGCAGUAGGAGCAGCGGCGGCUAUAAGCUUACUCUGCGGCUUCUCUCUCUCUCUCUCUCUCGCUCUCGCGCUCGCGCUCGCGCUAAUACUCUCUCGAAUCGGUGUUGCGCACAGUUGCUGUUGUAAUCGUGCAGGAGCCGAGAGAGGACAGCGACAGACAGCGCAGCGCAACAACAACAGCAGCAGCGGCAGCAUCUCCUCACCUCAGGACGUACAGUGUGUAUAAUGUACUGAGAUGAAUCGGGGGCGCGUCAUGUAUGGCGCCGCGCGGAAAUCACGCGACGGAUACUGUACGACGCAGCUCGCCCCGCUGCUGCAGCAGCUGCAGAGGGCUGCUGCCAGCCACGAUUAACAUGAUCAAUGGCUCUCUUUCAGAAGAGAUACACGAAUAAGGUGCUGCUAGACGACACCGAGACACUCACCAGCGUCAUCGAGAAUGCUCGGACUAUCGACGCGCACACGGAGUACGUGAUCAAGACGCAGAGAGGACCAUUACCUGAGAAAUCCUGGCGAGUCUGCAGACGAUACAAUGACUUUGUUCAGCUGCACGCGGUUCUUUCUACAUCCGGCAUCAACUUGCCGCUGCCACCUAAGAGAAUCAUUGGUAAUAUGGAACCAGACUUUAUAGCUCAGAGACAGGUCGCUUUACAGAAUUACUUAAACGUAGUACUCAUGAAUCCGAUUUUGGCAUCGUCGUUGCCCAUGAAAAAAUUCUUAGAUCCUGAGAAUUAUACAGCACCUCUCCAUGAAAUAGCACUGCAGCAAGUGUCAUUAGCUUUACGUAGUGAUGCCAAUUUUGAAGUUGGCAAGGCCAUUCCCGAUAUGGGAUGGCGGUUAAGAAAGCAUUACUACACGGUCAAGAAUAGGCAAAAUCCCAAGCAAGAGCUGCUUCUUGCUUGGGUAGAAUUCGGACCCGACAAGCACCUGCAAGACAAGGACAUGCAAGGAGUUUUCAAGAGUCUUGGUAGUCUGAAACAUAGUUACAUAGAGCCAAUGGUACAUCAACAUGUCACCGAGAACGGCGCUCUCACGAUUCGCAACUUCCACCCUGAUGGCACGCUACGAGACGUCUUGUGUAAUAGCAAGCCUAAGCAGCCUUUCAUUAAAAAAUAUGGAAAUCCAAAACAGACAAAGUCAUUGACUGUCACUGAAAUUACUAACUACGCAUAUCAGAUCUUGGAAGCUCUCAGUUUUCUUCAUGAAAAAGGCUUACCAUACGGACACUUACACACUGGCAACGUUUUACUAACUGCUACUGGAGCUAAAUUAUUAGAUAUAGAAAACGGUCUCCUAGGUUUACCGGCAUUCUACCGACCAUAUGUCGUUCAAAGGCGGAAAUUACACGCUACCACUCAGGUAGACGUGUAUGCCUUUGGACACGUCCUAUACGAAAUGGCCUUUGGCAGGCCUCUAUUAGAAGCUACAAUCGGAAGUUCUGACCUACCGCACUGUGAUUCAAAAUUAAAAAAUCUUUUAGAAGUUAUUUUAUCUCACGAGGCCUUGAAGCAAGAUCUCCCUACCGUCGCUCAACUAAUGGAACAUCCGUUUUUCGAAGUGUUGCGACGAAACGCUCGCUCUAAUGCUAGUGCGGUCGAUAAGCCGCACUUUAAACUCAGUAGUCACCUGAAAGACGCGCUAAUAGAAGCCACAAACAAGGCCGAGUCAAGACUGAGAGACGAACAGAAAGUAGCAAGGCAUCAAAAAAGACUUGUUAGAGUUCAGGAAAUGAUGAGUUCGGAGGAGGAAAUGAAGAAACGGAAACACAAACUGAAAAAAGAACAGAGGUUGGCACAAGAACGCUCUGCAAGUCAACUUGGAACCAAUGGAACAAAACAAAUCAAUGGAAAAAGUCCAGAACGAUCUGACAGUCCAACAAGUACAUCUACAGCUACCAGUGUCGGUACUCUCACACCCCCAUCUCAUGGUUCUACUGAAGUGCAAUCAAACAGUUCCAAAGAAUUAAAAAAAGACUCGUGCCCUCCGCCACCUCCGAUGCCAGUAACAACUGCACCAAAAACACCAGCAUCAAACGAACGUGCAGCUUUGCUAGGAAGCAUUUCUUCGUUUAACAAGGCGAAGCUACGUAGAGUCGCCAAUGGCAUCCAUUGACGUUAUUUACUUACUACGACACUAAUUGUACGGAUAUGUAGCUUAGUUAACAUUCCAACUCUAGAUCAUACCAAUGUCUGUCUCUCAAUUGUAUAAAAUCUUCCCAUUCAAAAUGUUCUUCAUUGUGCUACGAUAAACUAUCAUUGACGGUGUAUACUUAGAUAAUAAGACAAGAACGUUGGUGUUAGGAUUUUGUACGAGUGAAUUUUGAAUUGACGUUUUCUUAAAAGAAAAAUUAAUUGAAAUUCAUCGCCGUGCUGUGAUUUCCGGUUAAACUACACUUUUUGUGGAAUUAGAGUAGACUUCAGAGUAUCAGGCCUACACCUACACCUAAUAAUCAGAAAAUCUAGAGGAUCCUCCAGUUCACACGUACUAGGAAAACUAAUCGUGCACUUCAAAGUUUUGGGUACAAAGCUUGUAUGAGAAGUAACAAAACAAAUUGUUGUGUUCGAUUUUUCAUGUAGAGUAAUCUUAAGGAAAACGUUCUCGUACACUACUAUCCUUAUAAUGGUAUCCGAGUUUUUGCACUACCUUUCAUGUUUGGAUGCUAAGAGCCAUAGUUUUAAAUUAAAGCAUAAAGAGAUAGUUUUAUAAACAUUUUAUGCAUCUCUAACAUAUACUAAUAAAUAUUCUGCAUUAAAAGAUCAAAACGAGAAUAUAAACAUUUUUGAAAGUGAAAAAAUGUCAUCCAAACACGGAAGUAACAAUAUAAAUACAAAAGAGAAUUUUUGUACAUAGAUAGUAAAUUAUAUAUAUAUAUAUAUAUAUAUGCAAAGGAAUUUCUAUAUCUUCAUUAAUUACUGUAAUAUAAGUUUAUGCCAGCUGUAAAACAGUCUGUUAUUAGCAAGGCAGUGAAGACUGUGAGCUUCUAAGGCCGUCAAAAACUGUGCAACGUUUCUCUGGAAACUAUACAAGAUAUAUAAACAAAUUAUGUAAAAAAAAUCAUGCAGACAUAUAUAAACAUAUAUAAAUAUAGUAAGUUAUACAAAGAAAUAUCCAAUAUAAAGAAAUAUGCGUAAGAACCAAAAUGUUACCUAUACAGUUAUAGGAAUCUUCCAAGUAUAUAUAUUAUACAUAUAUAAAGCCUAUAUGAGAUUAAUUUAUUAUCAUUUUUAGCUAAUCUAUUGGACUUGAUUAAUGUUUUAUGAAAAUUUUAAAGUUUAAUACUAACCGUUUAAAACUUAAUUUAGUUAUCGAUUAUCGAAUUCAUUUAUUGUGAUAUCAAUGGUUAUAAAUAUAAUUAUUUAUAUCAGAAAAAUUUGGCGUUAUUAUUAUUUAUAUCAGAAAACUUCCUCCAUGUUUUCCCAAUUCCAUUGUAAAAUUGAGUUCAGAAUAAUUUCAAUAGAAAACGUUCUAUUGCUAUUUGGUUCAACUUAUCAUUGAAUGCAAGGUCAAGUUUGAGAGGUUCAUACAAAUGCAUGAAUUAGCUAAUAAUAUGAUUAUUCUAUUAAUGAAAUUAUUUCAAAGUCAGAAUACUUUGACUCGACUAUUCGCGGCUAUAAAUAAUUCCGUGAAGGUUACAUAAGUAUAAGAAUUCAUUAAGAGUUGUAUUGUUCGGUUGAACUUUCCUAUGACGUUGGUUGUGGGAAAAAGACUCGAAAAAAUGUUUAUUUAAGAUUAGGAAAGGCAUUUUAAUGUUCAGUCGCAUUUCGCAAUAAAUACAUAGUAUACAUAUAAAUUCGUUAGUUUUGUUAUGUACACUGUGAUAGAAAACUUAUGGCAUCGGCUCAAUGACUAAAUAGUUUAUGCCGAUCCUAUGUUUUUUUUCAACAGAUCACUAAUAUUUUUACAAAAUCGAUGUUGUCUUCUGUUGCGUUUCAUUUUUACGUUGAUUGUAUAAAUAUCUUCGUUUAAAAGUAUGUACAUACUCUGCGUCAACGUUUUGUGGAAGAUUUAGCCG